AUGCAGAGCUAUUCAAUGACAUCGGGGCCUCCGCCAGGCCCGAAGAAUUAUGUCUUCGUCGACGAGCACAACAGACACAAGCGCCUCAAGGUGAUGCGCGCUUGUGAAGGAUGUCGGCGCCGUAAGAUCAAGUGUGAUUCCGCCACCACCAACACGUGGCCUUGCGCUGCCUGUGUGCGAUUGAAACUCCCCUGCGUGCCUCCCGCAGGAGGAGCCGAAGGCGAGCAAGGCGAUUUUUCUCAAAGCAGCGCUGUCGAGGAAUCGAAUGAGUCGCUGUCGUACCUGCCGACACCAGCCGCGUCGACAUACCGACCCCAAAACUAUGGCUCUGCCGCUCCCAACUUCCAGCUCAACCAGAGCGACGCUUUUCCCUACGAUGCGUACGCCACCAAUUAUCAGAAGCCAUCCUUCGACAUCGGUAAUAAACAAUAUGGAAGCUAUUUCCCGGAUCCGCAACACUUCUCCGAGACGCUGAACGACGCGUACCAGUCCAAUUCUCAGGUCUACGCACAGGCUCAACCUGACUCGCAAUGCCCUCUGAGACAAGACCGUGCUGGCUCCUCGCCUAUCGAUCAACUUACAGCCGAAGAGCUCAUGGAACAUCUUGGCUCAUUGAAGAUCGGAGAGAAUGGGGUCGCGCCGUAUCUGAGGUCGGAAAAGAAGGACAGCAAGGAGGCCGAUGCGCCGGUUCAGGAUCCCGAACCUGAGAUCAAGAUCCCGGUUGUCUUCAACACUGGUGCCGGCUCCCAGAUCAGGAUUCCUCCGGCUCUGAUGCCCUCUCAGGAAGAUGCCAUGCAUGCUUUCAAGACUUUCUUCCAUGAUGUCCAUCCCUAUGUACCGGUAUUGAACAGACGGCAGUUCUAUGAUCAGUGGCGUAAUGGCACCGGGUCCAUCUCGCCUCUGGUUUUGGAGGCUGUUUUCGCCAAUGCUGGCCGCCUGUCUGACGAUCCUGCCCAAGGUGCACAGUGGCUUGCUCUGGCAAAUAAGCAUGAGGCGUGCUUCUUGGACAGCCCUCGGCUAAGCACCCUACAAGCCUUGCUCCUUCUACUCAAGGCUCGAGAAAGCGCGCCCAAACGAGGCUACUACUAUCGAUCCUGGAUGACUUGCAAGACAGCCGUCAGCAUGGCCAAGGAUCUAGAACUGCACGAACACCACGAGGUCCAUGCCGCGGGCGAACCGUGCGGGUCAGAUCCCGUGGAAUGUCUGACUAAGACCCGCGUCUGGCAAGCUCUCCUGAUAUGCGAGACCAUGGUCGGAGGGCCACAAGGCCGCACCGAUCUGGGGGUCGACCCUAACUCUGUCGACAUCAGCACUUGCCCACCGUGCUCGGACAUGGACGACUUCGAGAAAGCCAUCUCCAGGCAGUUUGCCUAUUUUGUUCGCAAUAUUCGAAACAUCCGCCUCAUCACCGACGUGUCGCACAAGCUCAAGAAAAAGAAGGACUGGGGCUUGGACCAGAGAUUUGUGACAUACAAUGCGGCCUUCAAGAAAUGGCCCGACGAACUCCCACCGGAUCUUCAAGUCGUAUUGCCGUCCAACGGUGGCAUGCCAUCGUUGCCUUCUCAUUUCGUGGGAAACAUGCACUCUCAUUAUCAACUCGGGAUUGUCAUGCUCCACCGACCGCAACUCAAGGCGUCGGAAUCAUUCGCGGCGGACAGUCAAUGGAGACACCACAUGAGCGUGUGCUACAACUCGGCCAAGGUGCUUUGUCGCCUGCAGGAAGCGAUUUUGGCCCGAUUCGACCUGGCCGGUCUGCUCUGUAUGCAGCGCGGCAUCAACUUCACCAUCUACGCCAUCUUGACCUGCGUCAUGCUCCAUUUGAUCGCCGUCGCGUCUCCGGACCCCGAAUACAACUCCGAAGCGCGGGCCUACUUUGUCCGUCACAUGCGCAUCUUGGAACGCUGUGUCGCCGCCUGGCCGAUGCCUGAGACCGAAGCACAGAUCAAUGCCCUGCGGGCUGCCUUCUCGGCGGACCUCAACAAGCCGUUCGAGCUUAAGGAGUCAUUCCCGCUCGGCUCUCCAUCCGAUCAUUCGCGAUCGUCGCCUCUAUCCCAGCUCUCGAACGAGAAGCAACCUCAACACCACCCCCACCACCACCCACCACCCCAACCACCCCCGGCCCCGACCCAAACACACCACCUCGUUGAUCUCCAGCAACCUCAACCGGGGUCUUACUUACCCCCGCACCUGACGCAGAUGCGUGGGCAGACGCCGUAUCUAGCGACACCACCAGUGUCGGCAUACUCGAACGACUCGAAGCCGCAGACGCCCAUCUUCCCGCACACCACUUACGACCUGGAUCAGCAGUUCCCCUCCAACCUGUCAGUGUCGGGUGGCGGCUUCUACCCGCAGACCGCGGCAGCCCCGGCGCCCAACAUCGACAUUCAAUGGAACCCAACGCCGAUCAUCGACCAGUUCGACACGGCGUUCGCAAUCCCGCCUUCCGCUCUGGCCCCGCCGCCGUCCAUGUACGGCGGUACGGGCACAUCGCCGCCGCCACCUGGUACGAUGCAAAGUUUCGCACCUGCAGGGUCUCCCACAUAUGGUACUGCUGGAGGGUACACGCAACAGCAGCAGCAACCACCGCCACCACCACCAUAUUUUGCUCAGCGACAGCACUCGCAGCCAUACCAAGAGACCACUUCCUCGCCGAUUGCUGGAGCCUACUCUGCCACGCCCGGGGCACCCAUGUUUGUCACGCCUCGGCAGUGGCAGCAAAGUGUGGCUCAUGUCAUUGAUUCGGCUGGCUUGAAGCGACGAUGGGACUUUGGGCAGGAUUGA